GUAGCGGCAGCAUCCGUAGCAUCAGCAGCCUCAGCAGCAGCCCCGGUUGGUCUCGGGCAGGGUAGACCGGCAGGACAAACGGACAGAAGGCACCGGUCCUGCCAUGGAGGGAGCCUCCUUCGGCGCGGGCCGUGCGGGAGCUGCCUUCGAUCCCGUGAGCUUCGCGAAGCGGCCCCAGACCCUGUUGCGGGCCGUGUCUUGGGUUUUCUCUAUUGCCGUGUUCGGGCCCAUAGUCAACGAAGGCUAUGUAAACGCGGACAGCGGUCCAGAAUUGCGUUGCGUCUUCAACGGAAACGCGGGCGCCUGUCGCUUCGGCAUCGUGCUGGGUCUCGGGGCCUUCAUCGCCUGCGCUGCCUUCCUGCUGCUGGACGCGCGUUUUCAGCAGAUCAGCAGCGUCCGAGACCGUCGCCGCGCUGUGCUUCUGGACCUGGGCUUCUCAGGUGUCUGGUCCUUCCUGUGGUUCGUAGGCUUCUGUUUCCUCACCAAUCAGUGGCAGCGCACAGCGCCAGGACCAGGCACUGCACAGGCUGGGGAUGCGGCACGGGCCGCCAUCGCGUUCAGCUUCUUCUCCAUCCUCAGCUGGGUGGCACUCACCGUGAAGGCCCUGCAGCGGUUCCGCCUGGGCACCGAUAUGUCUCUGUUUGCCACAGAUCAGCUAGGUGCUGGGGCUGCCCAGGCCUACCCAGGCUACCCAGUGGGCAGUGGUGUGGAGGGCACAGAAACAUACCAGAGCCCGCCCUUCACCGAAACCCUGGACACCAGCCCCAAAGGGUACCAGGUGCCUGCCUACUAGUAGCUGUUACGCUUCUGCCAGGGCUGGAAGGCCACAUCACCAUCGUAGGCCUCGAGGCCUCCUGGGACCUUUCCUGGGUCCUACCGUCCCAGUGCCAAGGACAGAGAAAGUGGCCACUGUGGGUCUCUGGGACCAAGGGGAGUAGCCUCCCUAGGAUUCCUGGACUGUCCCCACAAAGUUUCCCCUAGUUAGAGGUCCCAGUUCUAAGGCCCUCUGAGAAGAAAACAGUACUGCCUGAAGUGGGCUGUCCUGGGAAGCAUUCCUUUCAUGGGCCAGCCAACCACGGGCUCACCUGUCCACUCUAGGGUCAGAAGUCCAGCGACCUUCCAGGGCAGGGUGCAAGGGCUUCUGAGGACCAGGGAGAGGGAGUCUAUUUACACCCUUAGGUGGGGUUAUGGCCCUUGUUCCCAGUCCCAUGUCUCUGUGGACAGUGACUGCCCUGGCUCCUAUCAUUGUGGUCCACCCUGUCCAGAGGCCCCCCUCUACUUCCUCUUGCAGGAUUCCCUAGAACAGCUCAGCCCUGUCGGUAUUGUGAUUGUGAUUAAGUCUUCAGAUUUCAUCUCAUAGUGCUCCCAUAAGCUGCCCCCCUCUGUGUGGCUCCUGCCCAGGUGUGGGUGCUUCUGCCCAGAAAGGCAUAGACAGCUAUGAGCCUGGGUACCCACUCUUCAGUAAGACCUUCCCUAGGGAAGAGUGAGACAGUUGGGUACCUGUGUAACAGGCAAGACAAGCCUCUUACAAGGUCUCAUCUGCCCAGGGUGUUGCUGAAGGGUCAUUCCUGUAAAUGGCUUAACCUUGCUUCCUGAACCAGUCCCCCUGUUCUAUUGUCUGUUCCCUUUUAAGGCCCAGACCAGGUCCCUGUGCAUAACAGACUACUCAUGCAUUGCUUGAAGCUGGCUUUUCAAAUCAAGUCAAACCAAAUGCGUUGCCAUAUCUCAUUCUUCCAGACAAAAUGCCUCCCUGUGGAGUUGCAGUUGAAUGACAACCCUGUACGUUGUAGCAUAGACCAAUUAUGUGGAUAUUUAAGUGAUCAUGUUUACAAAUUUUGUAUAUAUGGAUCUAUUUCUCUCUCUUCUGAAAGUCAGAACAAUCCGUGAUUGUGUAUUUUCAGUGUCCCCUGUUAAAACUGCAACUUCUUUACAAUAAAGACUGUAAAUGCAUUGACCACA